GUUCAGUUGCCACUCCGUGCCCACUUUCUCAUCAAUCAGCCACUCACUCCAUCGCUCCCCAGAUACCCUCUCCUUCACUGCGACUUGGCGCUGGCUGCUGUUGCUGUUGCUGUUGCUGUCGUCGUUGAUGUUGCAACCCAAAAUUAAGUCGAUCUCGCCCCGCCAAUUCUCGCUGUGAAGGGUCUUUUGAGAGCCUGUGCACUGCCAGGGGUUUCAUCGCCGCAGGAGAUAGGGAAUUGGGAUGACGGUGUGUGGAGACUGCGAGAGUUAGUGCGAGAGGAUCGGUUGUGCGAAGGAUUCGAGCAUGUAGUGAGAUUUUGCUGGGAACGGUCCGUAGGGUGGUGGUGGGUUGGCAACACUUGAGUUGAGGGCGAAGAGACGUUAUUCAGGGCCCCGGUGGCUGUUCCACUACGCAACCGGUCUUUGUUUCUCUUGCUGCAGAAUCGCUCCUUGCUUGGUUGCAGCAGGAAGUUGUGUGUGGGGGAGUGAAUUCGAGUGCAGUGGGAAUUCGGUUGCAGCUUUUGACUGGCCAAAACGGUGUACAGACAGUUGUCGUAAAGUGGAUGAAUCAUGGCAAAGAUUGCUCACAGAGACCACCUGAGCGGAAUGGAGGGGAUGAUCCUAAACCCAGGAAUAGGCAUUGCCUUCGAUAUUGAAAUUUCAGAAUGUGUCAGUUCCAAUUCCCCUGUACCCAAAUGGCUCAGACAACGUCUUGAGGAGAACUUUGAAUGCAAGGCCAAAAGUCUUGAGGAUAUUGAGGCGAGGCUCAAGGAAGCAGACUUGAGACGUCAGCAAUUCCACGAAUGGUUGGCAAACAAGGCACGUCCAAAGUGGAAAGUGAGUCCUCCGAACUCGCCAAAAUCUGGAGAUCUGGCGCAGCGCCUUGAAGCUAAACUUUCUGCUGCAGAACAGAAGAGGGCGGAGAUCCAAGCACAGGAGCAGAUGAGACUGGCUAGGGUUCAUGAACUACGUUUGGCAGCUAAAACUGAAACCCAGCUUCGUAUGGAACGAGAACGAGAGGAGCUGGGUUUCAAGGUCGAAUUACGCGUCCAUCAGGCGGAAGUCAAUAGACUAGCUCUCUUGCAGGUUGAGAGACAACGUAUCGCUGCAGCGCACGAACGAUUGGCUCAUUCAGCAGUUGUGAGGAUAAACCAGGAGGGAAAAGACCGGGAACGUAUUGAAGCUCUCAGGUUGAAUAUCUGCCAGAAAAUUGCGGCUGCUGAAGAAAAACGCGCUUGUCUCUUAGAAGCUGAGAAGAGUCGGGCUCAGGCUACUGUUCUUCAAGCUCGACGAGUAGCACAGGAGGUUGUUCGCGAGCGUGAGUUGGAGCUAAGGAAGAAAAGGGAGAAACUUGAGGCACGACUUCAACGAGCAAGGGGACAACGCGCUGAGUUUCUGCGGCAGAGAGGAGGCUGCAAAGGAUCAUCGCACAACCAUGGACAGAAAAUCAAGCACGGCGAUCGACUUUGUCGCAAACUUACUCGAUGCUGGAGGCAGUUUUGCCAAUCUAGAAGCACGACUUAUGCACUAGCAAAAGAUUAUUCAGCGUGUGGGCUAAACGGGAAGUCAGUGAGGGCAAUAUCUUUUGAGCAAUUGGCAUCUCGCAUUACUUCCCCUGUUACACUUCGAACUGUGAAGGCACUUUUGGCUCGAAUUGAGAGCCGGUUGAAGCUUUCCUUGGAAGGUCAGUCAAGCAAAAUGACAUGUAUUGAUCACCUUCUGAAACGGCUGUUACCUCCAGCUCGGAAACCUCGUACUACGGUCGGUAGUGCGCUCGGCAAGAAAAAUCCGAGUGCUUCAAGUUUAAAAACAACAGAUACCAAAGGUGUUCAAGCACAAUGUACUGUUGCAGCUUCUAAAGUCAAAGAAGCUCCAAAACCUGCAUCUAAAGAGCUGGAGCGGUAUCCAGUCCGUGUGUUCCUUUGUGCUUACAUGAUUCUGGGUCAGCCUGGAGCUGUGUUUAGUAGCCAAGGACAGCGGGAAUCGGCUCUCGCAGAGGCAGCAGCCAAGCUCUUGCCUGAAUUUGAAGCUUUAAUUGGAAUCAUUCUUGAUGGACCUACAAGUAGUUCGCCCGGUUCAUCUUCUCCGAACUAUCCUCCCGAGAAAAGGUCAAAGUAUGACUGGCCGGCGGAUAUGUCCCCUACUACUGUAUUGCCUUCACCACGACCGUUUGCUGCCCAGCUUGCUGCGUUCGACGCAGCUUGGUGUGCUUAUUUGUAUCAGUUUGUUGCCUGGAAAGUAAAGGAUGCCAAGGCUCUGGAGGAAGACAUGACUCGGAUGGCUUGCCAGCUAGAAGUUUCUAUGCUUCAUAAGUGUAAAAUUCCACAAGGAGGGAGUGCCUCCGAUCUAAGUCACGAUGCACAGGCAAUCCGCACCCAGGUGCUUGAGGACCAAAAGCUAUUACGGGAUCGGAUCUCCCACCUUACAGGUAGUGCUGGCUUGGUUCGCAUGGAAGAAGCUCUUCUAGAUGUGCGGACUAGGUAUGCAGAGGCUCCUGAAAGUGGUUCUCCUCCUCCUUCUCCUUUCAGCACUCCCAUCAGAUCUAAAUCGUCACCGACAUCACCUGGUUCAGUUGUAUCCUCGGCUUCUUCACCCGAGGACAGCAGUGUAGGAGCCAACGCAGGUAAACCGAGGGUUGUGAGAUCACUAUUUAGGUUUCCACCUCCUGUGUCAGCUGAACCAGCUUCACCAACUGCUUCUGAGAACCUGGCAAAACUAGACGCUCAAAACUCCCAGAGCUCCGUGCCAAAUCAUGUUGGAGCCGAGCUUACAAACGAGCAAAUUGUCAACGAGAUGCUCCAUGAUUCGAAAUGGCACCUGCAGGAAAGUCCUCAUUUAGUCUCUUCUGUUAACCCAUCCGCAAAAAAGAUCAAUGAUCUUCAAGAUCAGGUGCGGUCUAUAAUGGAGAAUGCGUUUUGGGAUAAUAUUGCUAGUGGGUUGGCUCAAGAGCCUACAGAUUACAAGCGUGUUGUUGAUUUAGUUGGAGAGGUGCGGCAGGAACUUGUAGCUCUUGUUCCUGAGAGUUGGAAAGAUGAGCUUCGGGAAUCUAUGGAUUUGGAACUGAUAACUCAGAUUUUGGAGUCUGGAAGUAAUGAUGUAGACUAUUUGCGCCGAUUAUUAGACUACGCAUCUGGGUUAAUUCUGAAACUAGGUUCUCCAGCUCGCGACAGCCCUGCAAAAGCUGCGCAUGGGUCCUUGGUCAAGGAGUUAUCGGCAACAGUACCUUCGGGCAGCAAGCCUGCACAAAUUGCAUUUUUUACAACUCUUGUGAAAGGUCUUCGGUUUAUUUUUGAGCAACUGCAGGUGCUCAAGCAAGACAUUAGUGCUUCUCGGUUACAAGCAAUCGCUCCCCUCAUUGGUGGGACAGUUGGUAUCGAUUAUAUGCGUAGUACCUUUUCAACCCGACACCAGCUUACCACAGCAUCCUCCUUUGCUGAAGUCGCACAUCAUCUCCCAAAGACAGUCUCUUGGUUUACUGAAGCACUUAAAAGUUUGGAGCAGGAGAAAAUGGAAUUGGAAAUGUCGUUAGCUCCAGCAGAGUCAGCACUGCAAAUGCUUCCAUUGAAGCCAGCUGGUGCAGGAAUUCCACCGCCAUCAUCAAUGCGUACCGGAGGACGUCUCAGUGUAUCGAAAGGAGCAACUGCCGCUGCACCCUUGGCUGAGUCUGCAAUCUCUUCUUCAGGUCAGAGAAGUUUUCCUGAGGUGCAAUGGAAUUGCAAUGACACUUUGGUACGCUUGGGCCUCCUUCGAAUUCUUCGCAGCAAUGAGGCAGCGAAUGUGGAGUCCAUAGCGGAGACUCUUGCUCUUAAUACCUCAAGGCUUCUUGAUUAUCAAAAUUCGUUUCAGCAAAUUCUUGUUAUAGCAACUGGGCUGCUGAUAGCUCGGCAAGGGUUGGUGAGUCAAGGCAUUGCGGGCCUUCAGUUGGAAGACAUUAUUGAGAAAGGAAAACAAAAGCUUGAAAACCUUCUCAAUAGCCCAACAGCCUCAAUGACUCAAAUUGGGUCUAUCCUUGCGGAGAUUGCCAAUAGGAAAGAUAAAGAUGGAACGGUUGAUCCUCCUGUAACACGCAUGAGCUCGGAGCUCAUGACGAGGGUUCUGAAUAAGAGUUUGUCACCUGAAGAUACAGUCUUUGCACGCGUGUCUGCUGCUGUUGGCACCAGCUUACGAGCACUGCUAAUCCUUGGCAAAGGCCCACAGGGCAUGGUCGUUGCACAGGCAGCCUUGAAGAGGAUUGGCGGGCUGUAUUUGACGGACAAGGUAGUGGCCACCGCUGAAGCUGCCGAGGUGGUCGCAGAGGUGACGUGUAGAGUCCAUGAGCCGUGGUACUCUUGCAUUCUGGAAGGAGUUCGUAGCCAACAUUAGUGCUUUACCGACUUUGUCCUUUAGUGUUCGACGUCACGCACGCCAUGGAAGGGGUCGAUGUCUCAUUGCAUAGUGCAUCCAUGCUAACUCUUGUGACACUGCUUCAUUUGAUAACAGCAGUGUUACAUGACAAGAAGGUUGUGAAUCGGUGAGGAACGGUGAAAUGGUAUACGAUCAGAGAUUACCGUGUAUAGUACAGCUGCCAUGUAUAUAGAAAAUGCCUUGUGUUUAUGUUUCAUGUAUAGAGGAAGAGAUAAUGCUUCCAUUGGUUGUUCAUAAUCAUUGCUCGGUUCUAAAGCCGCGGCGUUUGUAUCAUUCGAAUGGUUACCAUCUCCUUACGGCGUGUCGGAUUCUAUUCGUAAAUACAAUAAAGAUUCUUCCUGCUUCAUUUUC